AUGGGUAUCAACUGGUUAUGGAAGAUUUUUGAUUCUGCUAAAAUAUCGGUUUUAGUUAAUGGGGGGCCUUGUGGUUUUUUUGGGGUGGGUAGAGGGCUAAGACAGGGUGUACCUCUAUCCCCUAUUCUUUUUGUCUUGGCAGAAGAAAUUUUAAGCAGAAAUAUCAAUGAAUUGGUGCAAAUGGGGAAAAUGCAAGCAAUGGUGAACAGGGGAGGUUUCCAACCAACACAUUUAAUAUUUGCAGAUGAUAUAUUCAUAUUCUGCAAUGGACAGAAGAAAAGUCUUGAGAACUUGAUGGAUCUUUUAAUGGAGUAUCAAAAAUCAUCUGGGCAAGAAAUGAAUAAAGCUAAGAGCAAGUUUUUUGUAGGAGGAGUAUCUUACAUCAGAAGAAAUGUUAUUGCACAAGCUUUACAAAUGCAGCUGUCUACAUUUCCAGAAAAAUAUCUGGGAGUUAUACUUAAUCCAGGGAGAGUUAAAUCACAUCAAGUAUGGGGUAUGGUGGAAAUGAUGCAGAAGAUGCUUGCAGGAUGGAUGGGAAAACUUUUGGCAUUCUCUGCUAGACUGACUCUUGUGAAAUUUGUCCUAUGUAGCAUUCCUACAUACAACAUUGUUUUGGGGUAA